AUGUGGCUUCGACAAGUCUAUCCACUGUCUCAGCAUAAAACGAAGGAUGGCAGCAGUGACACCAUACCAGGAAAAGCAUAUCAUUUUUCCGUGAGUGAAUCCACGCGACACGCUUAUUACGUCGGCUUCGAAAAAUAUGUAAAUGGCGGGCAACUCAACACAUUGCGAGUCAUAGAUACCUGGAAGGGAACUAUCACGACAUACUCACUUCCAGCGGAGUUAUCUUCAAUCUGCAUGCUCUACGAGGCAAUUAAUGGUUUAGCCUUAGUUGGCGUUGGAAACGAUAGCGGCAUAUCAGUAAGUGAAAGAAGGUUUAUUAAAGAGUUGCGCUCACUUUACUUGCGUAGAAGAAUCGCAAAUGAUGAAAACAUGAAUUUUUCAGUAAGAGUCAUGAAGAAUAUAUCCUACGGGUGUAUGUCGAGUGGCGCGAUUUUGGCUGUCACUAAGGGCACAUCCGCAGCGGGCCUUAUAUUAUGUGGAGUUUUCAAAUUGUAAUC